AUGGACGACGGUACGCAAAAGAUUCAAAUAUCAAAAAUAUCGUUGAACGAGAGUGGGGGCUUUGUACAGGAAGAAAUCACACCGGAUAUCCCAAUGGCGAAUGGCGGAGUGAAUUACAAAGAUGGAAUUCUGUUCUGCAGCCAGGGAACGCAUGACCGACUUUCAAGCUUGAUUUUGAUGGAGCUCAAUGCCCCUUACAAGUGUGUUACAAUUGUGGACAGCUUCUAUGGACGUCAGUUUAAUUCCAUCAACGAUGUUGUUGUCCACAGCGAUGGUUCAAUCUGGUUUACGGACCCAAUUUAUGGCUAUGAGCAGCAGUUUCGACCAGCACCCCAACUUCCAAACCAGGUGUAUCGAUAUGAACCAGAAACUCAGUCAAUCCGAGUCAUGGCUGAUGGAUUUGGAAGACCAAAUGGAAUUUCUUUCUCUCCAGAUGAGCGAAUCGUCUACAUCACGGACACAGAUCAUGCACAUGGCGAUGGGACUAUAGAUCUUAGCCGUGCAUCCACCAUCUACGCCUUUGACGUUAUCUUCUAUGACAAACAACCAUUCCUCACGAAUCGUCGGGUUUUUGCGAUGGCGGAUACUGGUAUUCCUGACGGUAUCAAGUGCGACAUUCGAGGAAAUGUAUAUAGUGGGUGCGGCGAUGGUAUCAAUGUUUGGUCUCCGGGAGGUCUGCUCCUUGGGAAAGUUAUCAUACCAGGCGGCGUUAGCAAUUUUUGUUUCGAGAAGCCGGGCCAGAUUUUGGCCAUGAAUGAGGAACAGUUGUGGCGGGUGAAUCUUGCUGCUACUUGUCGUGGAUCACUUCUCAAGCUUUAA